AUGGACAGUGGACGCUUCUCCAUUAGUUUGGGAAAAGGCAUCAGCUUUUCAAGUAAUACGCCUUCUCUUCUUGCCUUUCCUUGGUCAUCUGAUAACGGAAGCUCUGAGGCGGGUUCUUCAGGGCAAAUGGCAAGAGGAUUUGAUGUGAACAAAUUCCCUUUAGUUGAAGAAGCAGAAGACGGUGGUGCUUUAUCUUCUUCACCUAACAACAGCGCGGCAUCUUCGUUCCAGAUGGAUUUUUGUAUGUACAGUGGAGGGCAUAAGAAAGAUUUUGGUAAUGGUAAUGAAACGGAGGGUGAGAGAGGUUCUUCAAGAUUUAGUGAUGAAGAUGAGAAUGGUUGCACUAGAAAGAAACUCAGGCUUUCUAAAGAGCAAUCUGCUUUUCUCGAAGAAAGCUUUAAAGAACACAAUACUUUUAAUCCUAAACAAAAGCUUGCCCUUGCAAAGCAACUUAAUCUUCGUCCACGCCAAGUAGAAGUUUGGUUUCAGAAUAGAAGAGCAAGGCAUUCAUUAAUAAUUUUGAUUAAGCUGUGAAGGCAAUAGAAA